CAGGACCGCGAAAAUAAUCGCCAUUUUUAGGUUUUAGAGAGAGAAAGUGAGGGAGAUGAGAGGGCUCAACGAUGGCGGAGCUUCUCCUUCGACGGAUCCGGCGGCGUCUUCGUCCUAUGGAUCUCUCGCGAUAUUACAGAAUUACCCUCUGAUCUCAGCUUUCGCGGCCUUCGCCAUUGCUCAGCUCAUCAAGUUCUUCACUUCUUGGUACAAGGAAAAACGUUGGGAUGCAAAGCAACUUAUCGGAUCUGGUGGUAUGCCAUCAUCCCAUUCUGCGACAGUGACAGCGCUUGCUGUAUCCAUUGGGUUCCAAGAUGGCUUUGGUGGCUCAAUCUUUGCAACUUCAAUGAUAUUAGCAUGUGUUGUAAGUAAUUCAACUUUUCUAACUGAACUACACUUAUAUGCACUGAUCGGGUUUUUGAUAAAUCUGCAAUAUGUGUCCCCUUAUUGCAGAGUUUUUUGUGUGAGAAAAUAUUGCAGAACCCCUAUUUAGACCUAUUAUCUAGUUAACUUAUGAGUCUAUGUAAAAGUUGGCAAUCGUGAUAUAUUUUUGAGAACAUGUCCAUCAUACAACACAUAUAUUGAUUCCUGCCAUUUGUACCUGGCUAACUGCAGUUGAAAAUACAUCAUAAAAGCAAACCCUUCACUUACAAUUUGU